GUCAACUUGUGACAGACGAAAUUCAUUAACAACAAUAAACAAAUGUUAUUAUUAGAAAAAUAUUUUGAUAAUCUUACUAAAUAAUGCAAAAAAAUGGAGCUUUAUUAACCAUUGCAUGUGUGUUGUUACUUUUUGCUUUUAAUUGUACAUUCCCGCUUCAAAGGGUGACAUCAACGCCUAAGAAACAUUUGUACGCAAAUCAAUCUAUAAAAUGUCGCAACGUGCUAGACAAUGUCGACUUUCCAGAUAAAGACAAAACUUUGGCAGACGAUUUGGAAGAACUUAUAUCCAAAUUUAAAAAGAACGUGAAUCACAAAGAAAAAAGUCGUUUGGGAUUUCGAAGGCUUUCUAGUAAAAAUUUUCUAAAUGAGGACGAUCUACGUCAUUACGAGCAAUUAGUUAUCAUGAAGAAAUAUCCCUUCUUAGAUAUCAAAGAGUUGGAAAUGAAAUUUAGUCCAUCAAAUAAAGAUAGGAGGGAGAAUGUGAAUUUUCAUUCUAGAGUCAACAUGGUACCCGAACCGAGCAUCUGUGAACCCGGUGAGGAUAUAAUCAACGUUGAGAUUUCUAAUAGAGGUCUGUCCGGAUUUGCAAUACCUACUCAACUUGUCAAGCAUAUAAGCACAACGGAGAAAAAGUUACUAUCAACUCCAGAAACGCCUAAAUUGAAAUCAGAAAAUUCACGUAAAUUUACAAAGAAAUCCACAGAGAAGAAUAUUUUAAAAAAGCUUAAAGAUGAUGUUAAUCAGUUUUUAGAUAAAAAGAAGAAGAACUAUUAUUGUUUUUCAUUUGCACGUAGUUAGCAAC